UGUGUAUGUGGCAGCACACAUGAUGGCCUCGCAUCCACACACAUAAGUAAUAAGAGGAAAAGGCAGUGGUGUUGCCCAAUGGCGCACGCUCGGAGGGCGCGUCACGUCUUCAACAGUGUUGCGUGUUUAGCCUUGCUCUCAUGGGGCAGCGUGUGUUUCCUCGCUUCACAUCACCAGCAGGACUUUCAAAAUUUCGGAAAGGAAGAGGAGGAAGUAACGUUUAAUAGGGCGAAUACAUAUGUGUACAACAAGAAUCCUGCUGAACGGCUGAAAAGAUUUCUUACGAAUCCUACCGUGUCCUGUAAAAAGUUGCGGAGCGUCGGGGGUAGAUCCUGCCUUGGAGCCUCCGACGGUGCCAAGCUGGUGUGCAUGGACGAGGGAGUGGCGCCGACGGCUCGGAAUUGCCUCGUGUAUUCGUUCGGGGUCGGCAACGACUUCACUUUCGAUGAACAGAUGCAGGAUUUCGGCUGCGAAGUCCACGCCUUCGAUCACGACGUAGACCAUGAAACGUACGACCACAGGAUUGGCCCGAGCGUCUUCUUCCACAAAUCAAGAAUCGGCUUUAAGACGGGAUACUUCAAGUUCUGCACGGAGAAUCCAUCUGGGAUAGAGUGCAAUCCCUUUGUCCGGUACAAAACAUUCAAGGACAUACAGAGAUCUCUCGGGCAUGAAAUGCGUUACCUGGACUACCUGAAGAUGGACAUCGAAGGAGGAGAGUGGAUUGUGCUCGAUAACAUCAUCCGAACCACCAGUGUUCUGAACACCACUUCACAAAUCUCCUUGGAGAUCCACUUUGAUGAAAUAAGAAAAGAAAAACCACUUGAAGAGAAGCGAAAAGACAUAGAAAGAUACUUAGCUGUAUUUGAUGGCUUGGCUAAACUUGGAUUCCAAAUAGUGAAUUUUGAAGAGAACGAAAUGAACCCACAAUAUGAGACUGUAGAUGGAGUCACAUUUGCAGUUUAUGCUGAAAUUUUAUUACUAAGAAGGGUUAAUUAAGAAUUUUAUUGAAAUUGCUAGUAGGUGUUAUUCAGUGUUUUAUUAGUAAAUGAAAUUUAAAUUACUGAAUAUAUGAGUGUUUGUCUCUUUAACUGAACUGCUUUGUUCAGCUUUGCUCUGUUAAAUAAAUCUGGGUUGACUAGUGAGGGAGUGUAACCAGUGGGUUGAUUAUGGCACCCUAGAUCAUUUUCAUCAUAAUUUCUCUUCUGUCUAAUCAUAAGGCAAUGUGGCCACUUCCCCAUUGCAUAGCUACUGGGGGCUAGUUGUCACUGCUUCUGGCCAGUUGAUGGAAGCAGGCCACUAGAGGUGACUUAAUUCUGGUUAAUUUUAAAUGUUUUUGUACAGCCAUUUUUUUAACUAUGAGUAUUUAAAUUAAUGUAUUUUUGGCAUAUAUAAUUUCCAUCAAACCUAAACAUUUGAAGGAUGCCCCUUUUUCAUGUUCCUAAUUUGUUUGUAUUUGUAUUUUAUCCACAUGUGUCCAGAUUCUAUCUUGCAAAUCUAUGGUAUUUGACACACAAAAAGAUGUUUGACCUAUAAUAGAAAAUACUCAUUCUAAACAUUAUGCAAAAGUGAUGAAAUCAAAGUAAUUGGAAUAUAUACUAUCCAGAUAUCAUAACAUUGGCAGGGCAUAUACUGCUGUUCUAGCUUCAUGGGCAUGGUCACACUGUUGACAAUGUGCAUAUGGCAUCAGUUAGCCUGCUGGGCCAAACUAAAUAGUGGCACAUGCAAAUCAGUACGAACUCGGAAUUUCAUUAUAUCACAA